AAAAAUAUAAUUUAGGAACAAACAAAAAAGAUACCUUUAAUAAUAAACAAAAAUAACUCUAAAAAUAUUUUAAAAUGAAAUUCGUAUGAAAUAUAAACCGCAUAAACUUAUCGUGACCGCCUUCAAAUAAAAAUAAAACCCUUUAUUUUCUCUCUUUCAGCCGCCGCUUUCACUUACCUCUUCCUCUUCCUUCUUCUUCUUCUACCUUCUUCUCGUAAAGGUUUUGCUACACACUGGAGCUCGCAAAUCUGGCUAUCGAAAACCACAAUCACAAACUCAACUUCGGGGCCUUCAAGGCCAAUCACAAGAAAGUCAUGGGACCAAUGAUAAGAACAGAGGAAGAAGAAGACUAUACAAGUCCACCGUGGCUAAUGCCAAUGCUACGAGGGAGUUACUUCGUCCCUUGUUCCAUCCAUGUCGAUUCAAACAAAAACGAAUGCAAUUUGUUCUGUCUUGAUUGUGCUGGAAAUGCCUUUUGCUCUUACUGUUUAGUCAAACAUAAAGACCAUCGUGUUGUUCAGAUACGAAGAUCUUCGUACCAUAACGUUGUGAGAGUGAAUGAGAUACAGAAGUUCAUAGACAUCGCUUGUGUUCAGACAUAUAUUAUCAACAGCGCAAAGAUCGUGUUCCUCAAUGAAAGACCUCAGCCUAGAAUCGGUAAAGGUGUUACAAACACUUGUGAAAUCUGUUGCAGAAGUCUCCUUGAUUCUUUCAGGUUCUGCUCUCUCGGCUGCAAGCUUGGAGGAAUGAGGAGAGGAGAUUUAUCUCUAACCUUCUCUUUGAAAGGAAAGCAUGGGAGAGAGUACCUUGGUGGGUCGGAAUCAGAUGAAGCUACUACACCGACUAAGAUGCGUAAGACCAAUGCUUUCAACCGUCUGAUGAGUGGUCUCUCGAUCUCAACCGUUAGAUUCGAUGACUACGGUCCCAAUGGUGAUCAAAGGUCUUCAAGCUCUGGUGAUGAAGGUGGUUUUAGUUUCUCUCCGGGAACACCUCCGAUCUAUAAUCACCGGAAUUCAAGCAGACGAAAGGGUGUCCCUCACCGUGCUCCGUUCUAAGAAAAGAUAAUUACUAAAUUUCCAACCCCAUAGUAAUUAAUUAUAUAUAUAUAUAUAUAGAUAAUGGUAUAAUACAAUGUAUAACUUGGGGUGAAAUUUAGGAUGUAGUCAUAAUGUUGUAAAUGUGUAUUAUUUCUUUUUAUAGUUUUUCUAAAAGAUAAAGGUGAAAUAAUUAGAACACAUACAUAAAUACAUUUUUUAUAAGUAUAGAAGAAUUAGGUUUUAUAGUGGAAGUGUUUGAUGUUUAGUUUGUUUAAAAGGCAUGGCUUUGUCUUGUGUUGUAAUGUAAUGUGUACAUUAAAUUUUUGUUCAUACAAUAAUAAUAUCAAGGUGAAUGAUAUAUUAUAAAGUUUAUGCGUUGUCU